AUGUCCUGCUUAUUUUUUUUCAAAAUCUCAUUUUCCUCCCAUGCUGCGUGCUCUCGUUGUGCCCGCUCGGUGCCGGCCCGACAGGAGAGUUUACACCGCAAGCAACAAGCGAAGUCCACAAAGGCCCAAGUGACAAUGAUGCUGCACCGCGUCCUCUGCGUGCUUUUCCUUGCCCUCUGCUGUGCGUGCGUGUGCGCCACGGCUCAGGAGGAGGGGCAGUAUGAUGUUGCUGUUGUUGAGGCUGGGGAGGGCCAGGAUCAAACUACAACCACCACCACCACAACAACAACUACUACUACGACGACCACCACCACCACCAAUGCACCCGCCAAGAACACAACCACCUCCAAGGCACCGACUCCUGGCGACGGGAGCGGCCUCGGCGGCCCUUUGUGGGUUCAGGUGCCGCUGCUGCUGCUUGUCAGUGCCGCUGUGGCGACCGCCGGUGCUGCGUGCUGA